CUGUCUUUACCCCUCUCUGAUUGUAUCUCUUUCUCUCUGAUAGUUGUUCCCUCUCUCUCCUAAUGGCUGUGCAGGAGCACAAUGACUUUGUCAACGUUGGUAAGAAAGAAACUACCAUUGGGAAACGCCAGUCUCUCGAUCCCAAAAAGUACCUCUCUCUGGAUGGGAACAGUCUGACCAUAGCUGAUCUGGUCCGUUUGGGGAAAGGCCUGUUCAACAUCAAGCUGACCACCGAGGCUGAAGAGAAAAUCAAUGAAGCCAGAGAAGUGAUAGAAACCAUCAUAAAAGAAAACCGAGUUGUCUAUGGCGUCAACACAGGGUUUGGGAAAUUUGCCCAUAUGCUCAUUCCAAAGGAUAAGCUCAUGGAACUACAGAUGAAUCUGAUUCGAUCUCAUAGUGCUGGAGUGGGCACCCCAUUGAGUGUAGAGAGGACCCGUAUGCUACUGGCUCUGAGGAUUAACGUUCUGGCCAAAGGGUACAGUGGCGUCUCCAUGGAAACGGUCCAGGCUAUGGUCAAAGCCUUCAAUGCCUCCUGCCUGUCGUGGGUGCCAGAGAAGGGAACGGUAGGCGCUAGUGGAGACCUGGCCCACCUCACCCUGGGCCUUAUGGGAGAGGGCAGGAUGUGGUCGCCUCAACGCGGCUGGGACCAUGCCAAAACAGUACUGGAAUGUCAUGGACUCACACCUUUGGUUCUGAAGCCUAAAGAGGGCAUCGGUCUGAUCAACGGGACUCAGAUGAUGUCAUCUCUGGCGGCGGAGGCAGUGGAGCGAGCUGUGGGCGUGGCCAGGCAGGCUGACAUCAUCGCUGCCCUCAGCCUGGAGGCCCUGAGGGGCACCACCAAGGCCUUCCACAGCGACGUCCAUGCCGUGAGGCCACACCCUGGUCAGAUAGAGGUGGCUCUGAGACUCCGCUCUCUACUCCACUCGGACGUCUUCCCCUCCCAGAUCUCUGAUAGUCAUAGGACAUGUGACCGUGUCCAGGAUGCAUACACCCUCCGCUGUAUCCCACAGGUUCAUGGGGUAGCUAACGACACCAUAGCCUUUGUUAAGAGCAUCCUCACCACUGAGCUCAACAGUGCCACUGACAACCCUCUGGUUUUUGCAGAGCGAGGUGAGACUAUCUCUGGGGGUAAUUUCCAUGGAGAAUACCCAGCCAAGGCUCUAGACUACCUGGCCAUCGGGGUCCAUGAGCUGGCCAGUAUGAGUGAGAGGAGGACAGAGAGGUUGGUCAAUCCCUCCCUCAGUGAGCUGCCUGCCUUCCUGGUCCAAGACGGAGGCCUCAACUCUGGUUUCAUGAUUGCACACUGCACUGCUGCUGCCCUUGUAUCUGAGAGCAAGGCGUUGUGCCACCCGUCCUCCGUGGACUCCCUGUCCACCAGCGCAGCCACUGAAGACCACGUCUCCAUGGGGGGCUGGGCCGCUAGGAAGGCCCUGAGGGUGGUGGAACACGUAGAGCAAGUUCUGGCCAUAGAGCUGCUCGCUGCCUGUCAAGCCCUGGAGUUUCUCCGCCCGCUCAAGUCCACUACCCCUCUGGAGAAAGUCCAUGAGCUAGUGCGUACUGUUGUCAGGCCUUGGGAUCAUGACCGUCAAAUGAGUCCUGACAUCGAGGCUGCUCACACACUCCUCAGGGAGGAAAAGGUGUGGGAGGCGGCUCGGCCAUACAUGGACCAAUACCGAGACAGGCUCGGACUGAAACCACUCCCACUGGAUGAGUAGGAUAGUGACUCAAGUAUUUCAUACUUCUACUGUAUGAUUCCAAAUCCAAGAUUCAAGUUUAUUAAAGGUGGGGACAGGAGGGACAUUUAUGACGAAAUGUGAGGUAUAUAAACCAAUGUACAUGGUAUUAUGACUCGAGCCCUAGGGAAUAAACGCUACUGAUUAAUUUU